CGGAGAGAACAAAAGUCCAAACAAUCACAACGAACACUGGGAAUCUCUUUCCUGUACUUUCACAUCCACUCAGUAACCAGCUCACCGAACACUCACAAAUAUAAAAAGCCUUUAUCAAAACCCGUCAAGGUAUUUCAAGCGUACAUCUAUUCUCCCCGCAACCCACUUCUAUUCAUUACCCCGCCAUCCCCCUCUACAACAAGCACAGGUACUAAGAACCACCAACAUCAGCUAACUUACCACAAAGCAUUUGAGCAAGCGCAUAGACCCCAAACCCAACCAUGUCUUCUGCCGAGGCCGAACGCGAUCCGAACCCCGCCGAACUGGCCGAGCGCGAGCGCGAGGAGAAGGAGCGCAAGGCGAAGGAAGACGCCGAGCAAGCGAAGCUGCCAUACAAGUGGACGCAGACCAUCAAAGACGUGGACGUGACGAUUGCCGUACCGGGAAACCUCAGGGGAAGGGAUCUGGAUGUGGUUUUGACCAAGACUAAGAUCAAGGUGGCGGUUAAGGGACAGGAACCUAUUAUCGAGGGAGACUUUCCUCAUCCGGUUAUACUUGACGAGUGCUCAUGGACGCUGGAGACGACAUCGCAACCGCCUGGGAAGGAGGUGGCGGUUCAUCUGGACAAGGUGAAUAAGGUCGAGUGGUGGCCGCAUGUGGUGACUUCUGCGCCCAAGAUCGACGUCAGUAAGAUCACGCCCGAGUCAUCGAAGUUGAGUGAUUUGGACGGGGAGACCAGGGCCAUGGUCGAGAAGAUGAUGUACGAUCAGCGACAGAAGGAAAUCGGCGGCGCAAGCAGCGAUGAGCAGCGCAAGAUGGAUCUUCUGAAGAAGUUCCAGGCGGAACAUCCGGAGAUGGACUUCUCCAAUGCGCAAAUCGGCUAGUUGAUGGGCCAUUCGCGAUGUGUAUGAAGUAAUGAGCAAUAGUCUUUUCGGAAAGGGCAUGAGAAUUCAAACAUUGAUUCGUUAAAAGCACAUGGGCUAUAUUAAUAAGUAAACAUUCCGAGGAUAUAUCAAGAUGGUUGCUCCUGUUGGCCGAAUACGAGAGCUACCUGGUUAGGACUAGCGGCGUACAAAUAUACUUGACAAACGGCGAUUCUUGUGCUAUACUUCGUGUCAGUUAUGCAUCGAGUCAAAGGCAUUAUAGGCAGAGACUUCCUCGCCUUAUGAAUUAUUCCAAAUUCUCGUAUUCACAGACAUGAGCCAGUAUGUUACUGUCCUUGCGAAAACUAUCAUAAAUAGCCCAACCACCGUGCCC